AUGACUAUUUCGUUUAUCAGAGGAAAGUAUGUUUCCAUGUACAAGCGCGAUCCUCAUGAAAACCCUGCCAUUAAACCAAUCAGGAAGGGAAUUGUAGGCCCCACACUAAUGGUGGAGGAGCUAGGUCGCAGAAAGGUCAACGACGGGGAUCUUUACGUUUUACGGUUUUACAAUCGAUUAGAUGAGGCCAGAAAGGGAGAAAUUGCUUGUGCUACAGCUGGGGAAGCCCGGGGAUGGAUGGAAGCAUUUGAUCAUGCCAAGCAACAGGCCGAGUAUGAAUUGUCAAGUGGUGGUAGUGCCAGAGACAGACUAAACAUGGAGGCCGAGAUCAAUCUUGAAGGACAUCGGCCUAGAGUGAGGCGGUAUGCCCAUGGACUAAGGAAGCUAAUAAAAAUUGGCCAAGGCCCGGAGACAUUGUUACGGCAAUCAUCAAAGUUGGCUGGUAGGCCAGACAGGUUUGAAGGGGAUAGUGGAGACACAGUUGAAGCACAUCAAUGGAAAUGUGUUCAUACUAUGGCUGGAAUUAGAAUUUUCGAGGAUGUUUCUGAUCACAAGAAUGGUAAGGGUGUCCUUGCAAAGUCUGUCGGUGUUAUUGAUGCAACUGCAGAUACUGUUUUUGAAGUACUUCUCAGCACUGAACGACAGAAAAGAUAUGAGUGGGAUAUGUUAGUUUGUGACUUAGAGCUUGUAGAUUCUUAUGAUGGACACUAUGAUGUUGUUUACGGGACAUAUGAUCCUAAGUAUCUAUCCCGGUGGCAUCCAAAGCAGGAUUUUGUCUUCUCUCGUCAAUGGUUUCGUGGACAAGACGGAGCAUACACAAUCUUGCAAUUUCCAGCUAUACAUAAGAAAAAGCCUCAAAGAUCUGGUUAUCGACGUGCAAAAAUUAAUCCAUCUACAUGGGAGAUCAGAAAUUUGAACGCACCUAUGGGAUCAAAUAGCCCAAAAUGUCUAGUGACCCACACUUUGGAGAUACAUUCUGAAUCCUGGAAUCGAUGGAAGAACAAACGGUGCUCAAAAUUUGAGAGCAGCAUUCCUUACACAUUACUGUGCCUAGUGGCAGGUCUAAAGGAAUACAUCGCAGCCAAUCCAGCUCUCCACCAAGAAAAUGCCACCACGAUAGUUCACUCCAAAAUAUCUGAUGCUUCCAUUUCCAGUUCUGAAUAUGAGGAUGAAGUACAAGAUGAGUUUUAUGAUGCAAUCGCUGCUGAAUCAUCGUCAUCGGAUGAAGAAAGUGGCGAUGAUGAGAAGCAUGAUCAAAAGGAGUCAAGAGUCAAACUAAAGAAUGUUUCAUGGGCAAUUGCAACCUUAGCUUUGAAGCGGACUGCAGCUCCUGAUCUAAGCGAAGAAUUGGAUCCUCGGGUCACUCCUAUCACAAUCCAUCCAAACGACAUACAUGGUUCUUUGCGCAAAGGAAUGGAUGACAAUGACACAAAUUGUUGGACUUCUCCUAGUGGAAAAGGAUUUAUGAUUAGAGGAAAGAACUAUCUUAAAGAUAAUUCUAAGGUAGUUGGCGGAGAUCCUCUUCUUAAGCUCAUAGCAGUAGAUUGGUUUACAGUCAACAAAUCUGUAGAUAGAAUUGCCCUGCAUCCUAGGUGUUUGGUUCAGUCAGAAGUAGGCAAAAAGCUUCCAUUUAUCCUUGUCGUUAAUCUGCAGGUUCCUGCUAAACCAAACUACAGUUUGGUUCUAUACUAUGCAGCUGAUAGACCGAUAAAUAAAAAAUCUCUGUUGGCUAAGUUUGUUGAUGGAAGUGAUGUAUUCCGGGACUCAAGAUUCAAACUUAUUCCAAGUAUAGUUGAGGGAUAUUGGAUGGUUAAGAGAGCAGUUGGAACCAAAGCUUGCCUGUUAGGGAAAGCUGUAACUUGUAAAUAUUUCAGACAAGAUAACUUUUUGGAGAUUGACGUGGAUAUUGGAUCAUCCUCUGUAGCUAGGGGUGUCAUUGGCCUUGUACUAGGAUAUGUUACAAGCCUAGUCGUUGACCUUGCCAUUUUGAUAGAGGCAAAAGAAGAGGCGGAGCUACCAGAAUACAUUCUUGGAACUGUCCGAUUAAACCGUUUGAAACUUGAAUCCGCCAUACCAUUGGAGGUUUAAGGUGUUCUGCCAGAAAUAUUAAAUCACCCAUUCCUUUUCAUUAUUAUGACUCAAACUUACACUAGGGACUCAAUUAAGAAAUAACAAUCUGAGUGAAUUUUUGUACAGAUACUUCGGUGUCUGUUUUUUAUUUUAUUUUUAUUUCUCCCAUGUCUCUCA